AUGGCUCCAAGACCAGAGAAACCAGUAUGGAUGUCCCAGGAAGACUACGACAGGCAGUUCGGGAGCGUUGGUGAAAGUAACGAUGAGAAACCAGUAAAGACAGCUCAGCCAGAGAUCACUGAAGCAGCACCCACUGAGGUUAAAGAGGAUUUAACAGGUACUGCGACUAAUGGUACUGAUGGUAAUGAAACAGCGAAGCCAGUAUUCAAGAUACACAAACGUAAGCAUGCCAGAUUCGAUCAUGAAGAAAGGCAGAGGAAACAACGAAUCCAGAAGAUGCGUGAGGAACAGUUGAAAAAGCAUGAGAUUGAGCUGGCGGCCAAUAGGACCAUUAAUGUUGAUCAAAUUGUGAGACAGCACUACAACGAGAGGACAUUUAUCGCGAACAGAUCUCGCAGGAAUCUCUCGCCCAUUAUUAAGCUACGGAACUUCAACAAUGCAAUCAAAUAUAUGCUUAUUGAUAAGUAUACUAGAAGAGGAGAUGUGGUGCUGGAGCUCGGAUGCGGGAAAGGUGGUGACCUCAGGAAGUAUGGCGCAGCAGAUAUCUCUCAGUUCAUUGGGAUAGACAUCUCGAACGCCUCGAUCCAAGAAGCACACAAGCGAUACAGAUCGAUGAAAAACUUAUCAUUUCAAGUGAUUCUAAUUACUGGUGACUGCUUUGGAGAGUCGCUUGGCGUGGCCGUGGAACCAUUUCCGGAGUGUAGGUUCCCGUGCGACGUGGUUUCCGUGCAAUUCUGUCUGCAUUACGCUUUCGAGACUGAGGAAAAGGCGAGAAGGGCUCUGCUCAAUGUGUCCAAAUCCCUGAGAAUUGGUGGGCAUUUUUUUGGAACUAUUCCCGACUCUGAAUUCAUACGAUACAAGUUGAAUAAGAUCGGUAAGGACAUGGAAAAGCCUUCAUGGGGCAAUUCUAUUUACAAGGUAACUUUCGAAAAUAACGAAUACGCUAAGAAUGACGGAGAGUUCCCGUCUCCGUUUGGCCAGAUGUACACCUACUGGUUGGAGGAUGCCAUCGAUAAUGUUCCCGAGUACGUCGUGCCCUUCGAAACACUGAGAAGUCUUGCAGACGAAUAUGGGCUAGAGCUGGAACUUCAGAUGCCCUUUAACAAGUUCUUCGUCGAAGAGAUUCCCCAUUGGGUAGACAAGUUUUCUCCCCGAAUGAGAGAGGGGCUACAGAGAUCUGAUGGCAAAUACGGAGUUGAAGGGGACGAGAAAGAGGCAGCCUCAUACUUUUAUACAGUAUUCGUAUUCCGUAAAGUCAGGGACUGCGUCGAGUAA